UUUUUUUUCUCCCUACUUAAUUAACCAUGUCUACACCUGAAAAUAAAAAAGCUCUUGUUUUCUCUAUCCUUGAUUUCUUACAAAAGUCUUGUGAAGAUGGAACUAUUAACAAGGAUGAUACUGAAGGAAUUGAAGUUGCUAUGCAAUGCAUUGGUGAAGCCUUUGGUGUAGAUGCUUCAGAUGAAGAACAAAAAAAACUCUAUUCCACAAAACCUGCUACUUUGCUUUCUAUUUUUGAUGUUUACCUUAAAACAAAGAAAGCUACUGCUGAUAAGUCUGUUAGUGAAGAGAAUAAAAAAGCUGCAGAAGAAAAAAAGGCAAUGGGUAAUCGUAAAGUAACUGAACGUAAUUAUCCUGAAGCUAUUAAGCUUUAUACCGAAGCUAUCGAGCUUGAUGGUACAAAUGCUGUUUAUUAUGCUAACCGUGCUGCUGCUUAUAGUCAACAAGGGGAUCAUGAAAAGGCUGUUAAUGACGCUAAAAAGGCAAUUGAAAUUGAUCCUAAAUACAGUAAAGCAUAUAGCCGUAUGGGUCAUGCUUAUUUCUGCUUGAAUAAGUUCGAUGAAGCAGUUGAGGCUUAUGAAAAGGGCUUGGAACUUGAUCCUAACAAUGCUACUAUCAAAAACUCUUUAGCCACUGCUAAAUCAAAGAUGAAUGCUCAUAGUGUCGAACGUUCUGCUGACACAAGUUCAUCUUCUAAUCAAGGAGGUUUACCUAACCUUGGUGCAGGUGGUAUGCCUGACCUUGGUUCCCUUCUUAACAAUCCUGCCUUAAUGAAUAUGGCUCAACAAAUGAUGCAAUCCGGUGCCCUUGAUAAUCUUAUGAAUAAUCCCGAAAUCAGUAGAAUGGCUCAACAAAUGAUGAGUGGUGGUGGUAUGCCUAAUCUCCAAGAUAUGAUGAGUAACCCUGAAUUAAUGAGACUUGCUCGUGACACUAUGGGAGGUAGAGGUGAUGGUAGUCCUAAACCAGAUACUAAUAAGGACAACUAAAAUAUACAUUUUAUAUAUUAUCUUGUAUUGUAAAUCAUUCAUAAAAUAAUAUAAAAGUCUUUUUUUUUUAUUAUUCAUUCACUAUUAUCUGGUUCAUUUAACCAUUCAAUGAAUUUGACACAUUUUUGUUCUAUUAGGC